AUGCGCCAAGCGCGCGACAGGCAAAGAGAAUCAAUUGCUCUCAGUGGUUCGAACCCUGGCAAAUCCGUCGCUAACAUCUUCCGUCAUCGGUCCUCCUCUAGGCGUGGUCACGAACUUCCACCCCUGCUAAAUGAUAACAAAAUCUCCCUCACCGAUGACACUGACGAGGCAGAGUUGUUUAGUGCUUCCUUUGCAAAACACCUUGCUACCGAGUCUGAUCCGGUACCUUUCUUUCAAUCACUUUCAGAUAGGACACUGAGUAAACUUGAUGUCUCCUCAUAUCUCAUUAAGAAACACAUAAGUUGUUUGAUACGCACACACUGCUCAGGAACAAAUGGGAUUACAAAUUCGAUUAUUAAGCAAGCAUCCGACAUUCCUAUAUUGCUUAGUCAUUAAGUCUUGGUUAAUAUUUCAAAAGGAUUCUUUUCUGAGACAUGAAAGACGUCAAUUACCAUUAAUGUCUUUAAGUCUGCAUCUCGGUCCGAUGUUUAUAACUUUCGGGGCGUGCACAAAACAUCGUCUCUAACAAAGUUUCUUGAAAGGAUAGUUUUAAUGAAACUCUUGACUUCUGUCUAACUAAUCGGCUUCUGAGCCCUAGUCAGCAUUGACUUUUUACCUGAACGAUCCUGCGAAAUUUGCCACUUGGCAUUUCUUAAUCUAAUCACUUCUCAUCGUAAUGAGCGGCAGUCAGUGGUAGUUAUCUACUUUGAUCUUAGCAAAGCCUUUGACAAAAUGUCCCAUAGACGCCUUUUAGUAAAAUUGGAAGGUCUCGGCAUCCGGCCGCCUAUACUCGACUUCAUCAGGUCCUAUCUGUCCAACCGAUAUCAGAAGGUCAUGGUCGGUAAUAGCUACUCGACACCUCACUCGAUCACAAGUGGCGUACUGCAAGACACGGUUCUGGGUCCGCCAUUCUUCCUUCUUUACAUAAAUGAUAUUUCGACUGAACUUAGAAAUUAGCAAAGUUUUACUUAUGCGGAUGACCUCAAGUGUGUUUACUCAUAUUCUAAGGACAUCGCAAAGGUUUUUGUUGGAAAAAUGAAUGCCAAUUUACUACGCUUAAGCAGAUGGAUUUCGACAUGGUAGAUGAAGUUUUCAUCGUCGAAGUGUAGUUUCAUAUCUUUUGGUCCUGCCAAACUUCCUGGUCCGCUAAUUUUUCAGAACAACCCACUCUCAGAAUGCCCAACCAUAAAGGACCUAGGUUUAAGUUAUACGAAUAAACUUACUUUAUCACCUCAUGCAGAUAGAAUCUGCGCCAAAGCCGCACAGAUAUCUGGAUUCAUACCACAUAAUUUUCUCCUUCCGGAAAUGAAGCUAAGACUUUAUCAACUGAUUGUUCUUCUAUUCCUCGAAUACUGCUGUCCUUUCUUCGGUUUAAUGAACGCCUGUGACCGUAAUAAAAUCGAAAAUGAGGUUUUAAAAUCAAAUUUUGUCGAUUUUUCAAUCCCUGACAUGGUUGACUGUAUCCCGCUCCCAAAUAAUUGUACUGGCCUGAUGGGAAUUUGUCGAAAACAACAUAUGCUCACCAACUCGUCUUCUGAACACUUCGAUGGGAGUUUUCGCAGCUUUUAAACUGAUAGAAGUUGGAAAAGCAGACGGAGGCUGGGUGAAACUAAAAUAGAGAGCAUGCAGUGAUUCAGGCGAGAUUAAACCACCUGCCUCUGUUACCCACGCAGCGUUAGGACUCAUGUGAUCACAACUUCCGAGCCCAGAACUUGGGCACAUUCAGCCUCAAGAAUAAUCAAUCACAGGCGCCCACAAAUGCUACUAUCCACCAAGUAACUGUCCAGGCUGGCACUGACUGACUAUCUAAUGACGCUUAUUCGCACACGCGGACAUGAGCGGCCCUACAGCCGGUCCAGCAUCAGUGACUCUGACAGCCAGAAUAUGCAGAAUAUGCAACUCCUGCCGGUGUCUUUCCCAUUGUCUCAUAACAGGGGGCUGGGCGGUGAUAAUUGUGGUGCUCUAAGUACAUUCUCGCGUUAGGACGCCACGCACAAAGUAUGAAAAAUGUCACGAAAAACCAGACAACCGUUCGUGAUGAUCGGUUUCAAACACGAAGAUAGUUGACAAAAUUAAGAAUAAGAUUUGUCCAAGGGAGUGUAAGACUUUUAACCCUCGUCUUGAAAUUAGACUUCGUUAUCAAAUGCUUAAUAUUUGCAAAAUUACUGGUUGCAAUCUUCUUCGAUUUUUUUCCAGAUUAUCCCCGCUUGAGAGAGGUUGCGACUCACAGUUUGCAUUUUGCGCAUCCUAACAGUCCUCAAAAGUGUACAUAUAUACGCUAUCGACAAGGCUGUCUUAAGUUUACUAGACCACAACCUAGUUCGCGACCAAAUGCGAGGAAUGGACACCAGCCGUCGGAAGCGCUCGGUCGCUUCCAAGUGGUUUUGAAAAAUUUGUACACUACAUAUAAAUUGAUAGGCCAAUUAAUCGAUGCACAUGUGAGUGCACUGUUAUCAAGAAUUCACGACCUUCCCUUGUUUGGCAGACGCCAAUAACGCGAAUGUUUUGCAACGAGCAUUUGUGCCUCACUGCCUAGGGUGUCCAUGGCCAUAUUGAAUAGCCGAUCUUGUGUCCUCAUAGCAAACUAAUGUCCUUGCAUAGAGGCUGAGACAGGUGUCCAAGUUUGGCCAUAAUAGACGACGUCAAAGGAAGCACAGGGAACUUUGUAGACUACAAUCUUCCUAUGCAUGUAGAGAACUCUGUCAUACAGCCUAGCCUGCUGACUAGGCUGGUUUAAUGGGUGACCUCGGAGAUUGAUCGUGGUAGAAAAUCCAAAGAAGCCCCCGAAUGUCAGCUUGCAAUCCAGCCUCAUUACAGUGCGAAGUACUUGCAAGAGAUUUCCGUACAUUCGUCCAUAGCUCAAGGGAGGGAGGCUCAGCUUUGAUAGGCGGGUUGCAUAGAGUAAGGAGCAUCAAUACGUAACCAGUUUAGUUGUUCUCCUUUUAACUCUUUCGAAGCUAUUUUGAACUUGAAAUGCAUACGGUCUCCUGGCCAUAUUCCAAAAUGCGGUCUCAUGGAUGUUCCGAAGAUCCUGGAGAAUAGGUUUUCACUUAUGCCCCUAAAAGUCUCUCUGAUGGCGUACAACACAGACUUUGCGAUUUUUUCCACUCUUGAGCAACGAGCAGGUGAUUUCAAGGAGUUCUUCGUUAGGAAAUUGAGGUCUUUUUGGCUUACGCGUUUUGCACAGCUGCACCAGCGAGAAGGAAGUUUUUGUGCUGCCGGAUCUGACGGGGCAAAGUGCAGUGCACUUACCGAUUUUGAACCACAUUUGCAACGAUUUGAGUACUCUCCCAACCGAUUUAGGUUGAUCUGCAAUCUAUCUUCGUCGACAUAACCCCAAACUUCACUCCAACUUCCCAUGUCGUCAUCAACCACCGCGGUUUUGUAGUCCAGAUCUCCUGCAAAAUUGUCACGUAUAUUAAGGACAAAAUGGAUCCCGAUACUGAACACCGCGGAACACCAAUCUCGACUGCAGCAGAACCUGAUUUCUCCUGA